AAAAAAAUUUUUUUAAAAAAAAAAUGGCUGCUCCGUACAAAAAAUUAUCAAUAAGAAAAUUUGCAAAACCUGUUGAUAGCAAUACAAAUGAGUCAAGAUACUGGAAAGGAUUUAAGACAAAAGUAAAAUUGAAAGAAAUUGCGUCCGUAACUUCAAUUUGUUUCUCUCCUCUCGCACCAUAUAAUUUCGCCGUAACGUCAUCCACACAUGUUCAAGUUUAUUCUUCGAAAAAUUAUCAAGUAACGAAGUCAAUAUCAAGGUUUAAUGACAUCGCAUAUAGCGGGAAUAUUCGAAAUGAUAGUAAACUUCUUGUCGCUGGAGACGCUACUGGGUUGAUUCAGAUUUUCGAUAUUAAUAGCAGAGCAAUAUUAAGAACAAUGAAAGGACAUAAACUUCCUGUGCAGAUAACUAAAUUUGCCCCUGUGAAAACACAAAUUCUCUCUUGUUCAGAUGAUAAAACUGUUAAAAUUUGGGAUAUAUCCGGACAAGAACCGGUAUCAGUUCUUGAAGGACACCAGGAUUAUGUACGAGCUGGUUUGAUAAGCAACGAUAAUCCUCAUUUAGUAUUAUCUGGUUCUUAUGAUCAAACAGUAAAACUUUGGGAUUUGCGCACAAAUACUUGUACUAUGACUUUGACUCAUGAAAUGCCUGUGGAAGAAGUUUUAAUAUUUCCUAGUGGUGGAACAGUAAUUUCAGCAGGUGGACCAAUUAUAAAGGUCUGGGAUAUUAAUGGUGGAAGUCGAGUUGUUCAUUCCAUAUCAAACCAUCAAAAAACGGUUACUUCGAUGUGCUUUAAUUCAAUACAUUCUCGACUUCUUACUGGAUCUUUAGAUCACCACGUUAAAGUUUAUGAUACUAAAAAUUUUGAAGUUGUGCAUGAUUUAACAUAUUCCGAUCCAAUUUUAAGCCUUGCAAUUUCACCUGAUGAAACACACAUUGUAGCCGGGAUGACAUCUGGUUCUUUAACUGUACGAAUCCGAAACGUAAAAACUGCGUCAAACCAUGAAAAAAAACAACCAAAACCGGGCACUUAUCAAUACUUUAUCCGUGGGUUUAAUCACAGUGGAAAUAAGGACGAUCAUGUAAUAGAAGCAAAGCGAAAGGAAAGAUUAGCAAAGUAUGAUAAAUACUUGAAGAACUUUCAAUAUUCGAACGCACUCGAUGCUGUGUUAAGACCCAAUACACUUCCAGUUUUAACGGUUUCGUUAAUUCAAGAGCUCAUACUUCGCGAUGCUUUAGCAAUAGCAAUCGCCGGACGAGAUGAAACCUCCUUGGCACCUUUAAUCAAAUUUGUGAAUACUUGGAUUACUGAUCCAAAAUAUACAAGUCUCAUGAUUGAUGUUUCGCAAGUUAUAUUAGGACUGUAUUCCCCGGUAAUUGGGCAAUCUUCGGAAAUAACAAAGCUUAUAAAUAUCUUGCAUCAAAAAGUAAAGAAUGAAAUCUCAUUACAAAAAGAGAUUGCGAAAGUAAUAGGUUCUGUAGAAAUGAUAUUUGCUGGUGGUGCAUUAAGAAAUAAAACAAAUCAUCAAAUAACCAAAAAAUAAAUUGACUUUUUAAGUUUACAAAAACAACGAAGAGUUCGGCGAGCAUUGAAUUACGUAAUUGGUGUGAAAAAAAAUAUCGUUAGCGAUCAUAAAUGGUGAUUUGCAAUCCCUGCGCAGCUGAUUAGUAAAGUUGUCGUCUUAUUUUCAUGCCGUUGUAUUUUUUUCACAUUUAAUGUUAUUAACUAUGUGAAUCCGAAUUUGAAAAACGAAUUCAUUAUAAAUAAAUAGAAGAUUGGAUAGAUUCAUGUAAAUUAGUAUCUAUAUUCAUAUUUAGUCGAGCCUUCUGAAAAUAAGUUAUAUAUUAAUCAUUAUUAACGGACAUCAGAUAUGAUAAUCGGGCUAUUAAAUUGAAAUAG